AUGGAGAUUGUUAGGAAGAGGAUGGUGCAUACUGGACUGAUGGUCAAUCGAAGUGUUGAUCUACGUCACCGCUCAAUAAGCACAACGACAGUCCGAGCCGCGAAAAAGAAACCCCAGAUCCCAAAAACCACUUCGAGACCUCAGCAGCAAUACAAAACUCCAACUCCAAGACAACCUCUAAAUCCUACGCCCUCUCCACCCCCUCCAUCACCGAAACAACAUCCACUUCGAGGUAGGAAAUUUGCCUUGAUAGGGAGUUGUUUCACGGCCUUCAUAUUCGCAGGUUACUCUUCCUAUUUGUUUAUAUUACUAAACAGAGAACCGACCGAAUCGUCUGCCCCUAAGGUCCAAACGGAUGUCUCAUCGCGUUAUGAUAAUAUUGCGUCUACCUUUGACUCGGAAGUCGAUUGGACGGAAUGGAGUAUGGGAAUCACGAAAAUGCGCAAGAAAUUGGCGCAAGAAGCAUAUGGAGAUGUACUGGAGGUAUCUAUUGGUACAGGCAGAAAUCUAGAAUUUUAUGAUUGGGAUUUCAAAGGUUUCAAUGGUGUUGGGAAAGUUCAAAACAGAGGUGGUAUCAAGAGGGGGAAAGUCAGAAGUUUUACAGCUGUUGAUAAAAGUGGUGAGAUGUUGGAAGUCGCGCAUGAGAAGUUUUCGACAUUGUUCCCAGGAGUUUUGGGCGUGAGAUGGAUUAUUCAAGAUGCUGCUGAGAAAAUACCAGGCCCCCCUCGAAAUGCAAAUGAAACAAGCGGGAAUGAAGGAGCGAAAUAUGAUACGGUAAUCCAGACUAUGGGAUUGUGUUCCGUCGCCGACCCGGUAGGACUGUUGAAGAAUCUAGGAGAGUGUGUGAAAGAAGACGAGGGGCGCAUAUUAUUAUUAGAGCAUGGAAGAGCGAAAUGGGAUUGGUUGAACAGAGCGUUGGAUAAUAGCGCAGAAGGGCAUGCGAAGCUAUUCGGAUGUUGGUGGAAUAGAGACUUGGGCAAGAUUGUCGAAGAGAGUGGGCUUGAAGUUGUGAAUAUUAAACGACGCCAUGGUGGAACUACCUGGAGGAUUGAACUGAAGAAGCCAAGAUCGAUACCAAAAGAUGGCAGCGUGAAGGUUGCAGGGGAAGAGAAGAAACUGGAAGUAGUUAAAAAAGGAUGGUGGUAG